AUGACAGCACUACCUUCGAGACAUCACCCGACGCAACAGGCAUUAUAUCAGGUGAUGAGCGUCCGUGGCCCUCCGUCCACCAGGCCGGCCAUCCGCAAUGGUGUCCCGGUGGAUCCCGGCAGCACCGGCAGCUUCCUGGCAGAGCCAUGGCUGAGCCACAGCAGCUGCUGCCUGCAGAGCCCGGUGGUUAUGGAAGCCUUCUGGGGGCUGCUGGUUCGGGGUGCAGAUUUUAAUCAGCCAGCUGACAAUUACACAGUUUGUCAGGGGGACAAUGCAACAUUAAGCUGCUACAUAGAUCAGCAGGUAACACGCGUGGCGUGGUUGAACCGCUCCAACAUCCUGUAUGCUGGCAAUGACAAGUGGUCCAUCGACUCACGGGUGCAGCUGCUGACCAACAGUCCCUCCGAGUUCAGCAUCAUGAUCACCCACGUGGAUGUGUACGAUGAGGGCCUCUAUACCUGCUCCUUCCAGACGCAGGACAAGCCUCACACUGCACAGGUGUACCUCAUCGUGCACGUCCCAGCUCGGAUUGUGAAUAUUUCAUCAGCUGUGACCGUGAAUGAGGGAAGCAAUGUGAAUCUGCUCUGCUUGGCAGUGGGGAAGCCAGAGCCAACGGUAACCUGGCGGCAGCUAAAAGACGGAUUCACCAGCGAAGGGGAGUACCUGGAAAUCACAGAUAUCAACCGGCAGCAGGCGGGGGAGUACGAGUGCAUCACAGCGAAUGGUGUCUCGACACCUGACAGCAAGCGCGUCCUUAUCACUGUCAACUACCCUCCAACCAUCACGGAUGUAAAGGACUCACACCCUCCAAUGGGAAAGACAGCCCUGCUGCGCUGUGAGGCCAUGGCUGUGCCUCCUGCUGAAUUCCAGUGGUUCAAAGAUGACAAACACAGACUAAUUGGCGGGUUGGACGGAUUGCAGAUCCAGAACGAGCGCACUCGCUCCAUGCUGCUCUUCAGUAAUGUUACUGCUCGGCAUUAUGGGAACUACACCUGCCUGGCUUCCAACAACUUGGGCUCGUUCAAUGUCAGCUUACGGCUUAUCAGACCAGGUUCUCUGGACAACAUGGCAGUGGCCAGCAUGGAAUCACCCCUCUUCUUGGGCUUGCUGUCUUCUGCCUUUGUGACUCUGCUGUUUAAGAUUUAGGGCUGCUGGAAAAAUGAAGCAGAAGAACGAAAGGAACAGGUGAAAAGGAACGAAUCUGAGAAAGGGGGAGAAAGAGUGAGAAAGAGAGAGAGAAAGAGAGAUCUGAUUUCUGGAAAAGAUGAAGAAAGAGAUAAAUGAAAUUUAUCAAGAACCCCAUCACUGUGAGGGAUAGAAGAAAAAGAAAAGAAAACAAAAAUAUGCAUUUGUUUCUACAGCCAUUUAUCUUCACACUCCAUCUCAGACACUUCCAGUCGAACUUCUUAUUUAACACAACUGAAAAGACACAGAGCUCUAAAGGGUUGACUGCAAACAUCGCUCCCCGCCACCCCUCACCUCUGCGACUUAAAUAGAAUGGGAACACCUUCCUCCUUGGGCAAUGGGACCUUUCGUCUUUUGAAUGCACAGACCGCGGAAUGACGAUUUCACAAAGGGUUUUGUUGUUCCUGUUAUUUUAAUUUUUUAUUAUUACUUUUAUUCCUUCUUUUGCUGUUGUUUGGGAGUAAGGGUUUCAGCAGUUGACUACAUUUAGAGGCUUCCUUUUUUCUUUUUUUUUUAAUUUGCAAAGUUCAAGCUGGGCUGAGAAUCUCCAAAGUGAAUAGAAUUCAUGUUUCUCUCCAAAGUCUUUCAGACAGACCUGUGGGGCAUUUUCACAGUCUGGGGCUAGGAAAACUAUAAGCGAUAUUGUGAGGUUACUCAGCCCAGCCUAGGCAGGAAGCAGGUCUCCUUUUGGGCAUCAUGAGAGAGGCUGACGUCGUAUAAGCAUAGUCCACAUAAGUGGCCUGAGGGCCCGUACUGAGAGUCGAACGCACAGCCCUUUGACACGAUGGCAUGCCAGAGUCUUUGGAAGAACUGUUAAAGUCACUGAGUCAAGUCCGCUGAGUAUUUUUGAAGCAUGAGAUUUCCACCCUUUAUUACACAGGGGUAAGAAUGACGUCUUCUGAGGGUGUUUAUUGCCAGGGGACUUUCUGUUGUCUGCAGACAGAAAGUAAGAAGAGGGAACAGUUGGCUUUAAUCUCUUUUUGACCCAGAGGUUUCCCUGGUUUUGACAGUAAUUGUUUUUUCAUUCAUUUGGGGUGGGGUAUAUAUUUCUUCUAGAAAAAAUAAUUGCUUGGAACAUCUGCAGCUCUUUAAAUCAAUAGCGUUCUUUUUUGUACUUUUCACAAAAUCUUUUCCUGGUGAUUUCCCUCAUGCUAAGGACUCCCAUUUUGCCUCUACUCCACCCACCCACCCACACACGUUAUCUCUCAACUGUAUCUUUGUUGAACGAAAGGACUGUGCACUUGAAAUUUUCCUUAUUUAUGUCUAUUUUCUUUUUUCUUUUUUGCUCUUCCUAGUUCUGAAGUUGUUAUUGUUGAUUGUAUCUUGAGACCGCCCUGACUUCAAAGACUCCCUUUCAGAUGGAAUUAUAAUCAGGGUUUUAUGUAUUCAGCACUUCGGCACUCACACCACAAAAAGCCCAACAUUUGGGAUGGAAUUUAGCAUUCAGAGAUGUCAUUUUUUUAAAAAAGUUUCUAGUCCUUACUUUUAUAAAGAUAAGUUCGAGAAUGUGUGGAUAAUACCAGUGGAUAUCGUUGCUGACUGGUGAGCCCAAACAGGGCUUCUUGUAGUCAUGGAUGCAGCAUUGCAUUUGACAAUUUGCCUGGUCAUCUAUGGUGACCAAGAAUUUCAUGCAGGUGAGUGAGUGGGCUGAUGAAGGAGGAACAGAUUCCUCCACCCCUUCUCCACUGUACUUUGUUUCUGUGCUACAUAUGAAGUUUUUCCCUCAACAACCAGUAUGGAAAUGCAGCAGUCUGGCAGAGCAGAGAUGGAGUGUUCCAUCUAUCCUCCACCAGCCUGCUUGGUAGAAGUCUUGAAGAGGCAGUGAUACAGACAGAUAAUUUUAGAUUGGAGUUGCAGGGGGUCUCUCUUUAGACAGUAAUGUGUAUUAUUUCACUUGCUUCAUACUGUGAUAAGGCAGCCUUGUUGUAACUGGGGACCCUCCUGCUCAUUCCACCAAGUGAGGCCCUGGACUUCUCCCCCAAAGUCCAGAAGCCCUGAUGGCACCACUGCUAAGAGGUUAAUAGCCCAUGUUUCCAUGCUGGUGCUGGAGAAGGAGGCUUUCCUCCUCAGCAGCUAGCACAGAAACACAAGGUACCAGCCCCUUAGCAGCACUGAC